GUGGGUGAAUCAAGUAUCAGUUCCGCAUCACAUCUUAGAGCGAUUGAAUUAACUCUGAAGUAAACCCACAAUCGACUACGAAACAAGAUGAAUUUCUCAAAGCUUCUCAUCGUCUUUACAAUUCUUCUGGUUGCUUUCGCCGGUCAAAGUGAAUCACGCAGUUUGUGGAAGAAACUCUUCAAGCCAGUGGAACGAGCAGGUCAAAGAAUCCGUGAUGCAACCAUCAAAGGCAUUGUUAUUGCCCAACAAGGGGCAAAUGUUCUGGCAACAAUUCGCGGGGGUCCAGCAAUUCCUCCCGGACAAGGUUAAGUGGAUGGAUGUCAAAUGAGAUUAACGAAGUUUAGAUCAU